AUGUCAUAUACAAUUUUCAGCGUCACCGCUUUGUUGACGACAUACCUGAACCUGAAAAUUGGCGAGGAGCACCCGCUUCCUUGGUAUCCGCCAUUCUGCACGCCUUUCGUCAACAGCAUGCCGAAUCUUCAUCUGCUGUGCUGCGACCACCUGCUUGGAGUGCAACGAGCCAAAGGCCGCAGUCGACGCGAUCUGAUGCCGGAGGCGCAGUUACGAAAUGAUUUCUUGAAGCUGAUCAACGUUUCGUCGUCGUCGGAAGCUGAGAUCGGUCAGCGGAUAUUCACCAUGCUCAAGCAGAACAUCGGUCCAAAGUGGCUGUUGUACAACCUGGCAGCGCUGUAUUGGCGAAUUAUCGGCAUCACCGUUGAGGCGGUGGCAUGUUUGCGACUGGCUUUGGCAGAGAAAAAUGGUAUACCAUACGCAGACGUCGCCUUAUUCCAACUCAGCUAUUUGUCAUACGUGGCUGGCGGUCGUCUGGAUGAUGCGGUGUCGCUGAUUCAUCAGGCGAUCGAGAUAGAUAACACAGAACCAUUGCCACAGUACCUUCUGGGUUACUAUCUCGUGCUCAAGAGUAAUUGGACGGGGGCCGUACAUCAUUUGCGCAGCUGUCUGCAGGCGGACCCGCGAUUCACGAAGGCAUCCAAACUUUUUGCCUACGCUCGCUGCAUGCAGUUUGCCACUUUCUUCCCCAACUCUCAUCUGCGACACCUGCGCGAAUGCUCACAGCGCUUUAUCUAUGAACUGUUUUGCGGUGAGGUAAAUAUCAGCUGUUAUAUAGAGUAUUUUUUCACUAUAUGUUUGUUAUGGAUCAUGAAUUAUCGAAAAUGUUUUCUCAUCAAUUCGUUAACAUAAUA